AUUAGCAACUCCCAUAAUCGGGAUAAGCACCAGUCAAAAUAAUUGCUGCUUUGUGUGUUUCCCAGUGCUCCUUUUAUUAACCCCGUCAUUUCUCCCUUCCUUAGCCCUGUAAACUUGCUGUUCUCCUCCUCUCCCCUUCCCUCUCUCUCUGUUUUGCCUCCCUACUGCAAAUGUCUCAAGUCUCCAUAAAAUCUCCAAAACACUGUGCUAAGCAAGGACUUAACUUCGACAAGCUCUACAAAAAGCUUUUCUUUGCCUUCUCAGGAAUCUUUACCACUCUUCUCUUACUAAUACUGAUGAUCUGGCUUAUCCUGCGACCUGCCAAGCCUGAGUUCACUCUCAAAGAGGCUGAUAUCUACCAACUCAGCCUCUCUGGUCCUAACCUUCUCAACUCCUCUAUCCAACUCACCCUACUUUCUAAGAACCCAAAUCAAAAGGUCAGCAUUUACUACGAGGAGUUACAAGUUUAUGCUGCCUACAAGGGUCAACAGAUUACUGUUGACACCUUCGUUCCCCCAUUCUACCAAGGACAUCAGGAUAGCAAUCUAUUAACAGCAUCUUUGGUUGGAACUGGAUUACCUGUGGCUCCAUCCUUCAAUUACGAAGUGGGGCGUGAUCGAACUGCUGGAAAACUAGUUCUAAAUCUAAAGGUGAAUGGAAGAAUCAGGUGGAAGGUCGGAACUUGGGUUUCAGGGCGAUACAGAAUUAAUGUUAAUUGCCUUGCUGUUAUGGCUCUUGGACCUACUCUCCCAACAGGACCUUUGAGUUCAAGGCAAGGGACUAUAUGUUCCACCACUGUCUGAAUAAGAUCCGCCAGGCAACAAACUAAGCUGCUUAAAGAAACGGCGUGAGAAUGAUAGAGAUGAGAAUCUGAGGAGAAAAGGAGAUAAAAGGCGGGAAAUUUACACUCUACCUUUGCUAAGAAUGAAAUAUCCACGUCAAUCCCUCAGCUUUAAUACUCACAAGAUAACAUUAUUCUAGCCACAACUACUGGGUCCCUAUGGCCAUUAGAUUUCUGGAAUCUUUUCUCAAAUUCACUUUCUUUUCUCUGGAUUUCAACCAUACUCAUGUUGUGGAAUUGGAUCUGUAUGCUAAUGAAUAUACUAAAGAACAUACUAAUUCCAGGUAA